AUGUCCGCACGCGUCGGCCUCCUGCUGCGCGCCCUGCAGCUGCUAAUGUGGGGCGGCCUGGACGCGGAGCCACCGGAGCCGGGAGGCGAGGAGCUGCGCAGAGAGGCCGAGGUACCCAGCAGCAAGUGGUACAAGCAGCACCUCUCCUACCGCCUGGUGAACUGGCCUGAGCACCUGCCUGAGCCUGCAGUUCGGGGGGCUGUGCGUGCCGCCUUCCAGCUGUGGAGCAAUGUCUCGGCGCUAGAAUUCUGGGAGGCCCCGGCAACAGGCCCCGCUGACAUCCGCCUCACCUUCUUCCAAGGGGACCACAAUGACGGGCUGAGCAACGCCUUUGAUGGCCCAGGGGGCGCCUUGGCACACGCCUUCCUGCCUCGUCGAGGCGAAGCGCACUUUGACAUAGAGGAACGCUGGUCCCUGAGCCGCCGCCGCGGGCGCAAUCUGUUUGUGGUGCUGGCGCACGAGAUCGGCCACACGCUCGGCCUGCCCCACUCACCCGCGCCACGCGCACUCAUGGCGCCCUACUACAAGAGACUGGGCCGCGACGCGCUGCUCAACUGGGACGACGUGCUGGCCGUGCAGAACCUGUAUGGGAAGCCCUUGGGGCGCUCAGUGGCUAUCCAGCUCCCAGGAAAGCUGUUCACUGACUUUGAGGCUUGGGAUCUUCACAGUCCCCGGGACAGGCGCCCUGAAACCCGAGGUCCUAAAUACUGCCACUCUUCCUUCGACGCCAUCACUGUAGAUGGGCAGCAGCGGCUGUACAUUUUUAAAGGGAGCCACUUCUGGGAGGUGGCAGCUGAUGGCAAUGUCUCAGAGCCCCGACCAUUGCAGGAACAGUGGCCCGGGCUGCCCUCCCACAUUGAGGCUGUCACGGUGUCCUUGGAGAAUGGAGACUUCUACUUCUUCAAAGGGAGUCGAUGCUGGAGGUUCCGGAGCUCCAAACCAGUGUGGAACUCCCCGCUGCUGUGCCGGGCAGGGGGCCUACCCCGCCACCCCGACGCCGCCCUGUUCUUCCCUCCGAUGCACCGCCUCGUGCUCUUCAAGGGUGCCCGCUACUACGUGCUGGCCAGAGGGGGACUUCAAGUGGAGCCGUACUAUCCCCGUGACCUGCAAGACUGGGGAGGUGUCCCUGAGGAGGUCAACGGCGCCCUCCCGCGGCCAGAUGGCUCAGUCAUCUUCUUCCGAGAUGACCGCUACUGGCGGCUGGACCAGGCCAAACUGCGGGCGACUAAGUCAGGCCGCUGGGCCGCUGAGUUGCCCUGGAUGGGAUGCUGGCACGCUAACUCCGGGGGCACCCUGUUCUGAAGGCCCCACCACUUACUAAAACGUUGGCACCCUCACAGCCAACUCCAUUCCUCUGCCCCAGGGGCGGGACCUGUCUUGAAAGCCUUAGAGAAUCCCAGUGGACUACUGGGCAAGAGAGCCUCUACCAAGAAUCUUGUCUGCGUUUGU